AAUUAAUAUAAUGAAUAUAUGCAGGUAUCGAAUUAAGGCAAGAGUGAACGAUGCAACAGAUAGUGCGACUUUUGUGAUAUUUGAGAGCGUUGGAUGUUUGUUGUUGCAUAAGUCCUGCUCCGAGAUGCUGAAGUUCUGUGAGGGUGUGCCAGGAGGAUGUGAGCAACUAGAUGUGUUCAAACAAAUGCUGCUUGAAAAGUCAUUUAUCUUUAAGGUUGAAGUCAAGACCGCAAACUUCAAUGAUUUUGAACCUUCCUACAAUGUGAAUGACAUAUGCUUUAAUGACCGGAUCAUUGCAAAAUUUAUGGAGUUGCACUCUUCAUUUUUCUCUCCUCAGACUGAUAAGACUAUCGGGUAUUCAACUGAUGGGAAGACAAACACACAAGUCCUUCCAGUUGAUAACGUAUCGUCUUGCGUAAAGUCAUCUGACACAACGUGAAGAUGAUGUGAUCAAUCUUACUCCCAUGAAAAGAAUGCAAGAUGAAUUGUAUAACGUUGGAGAUGGAGAUGACUCCGUCAACAAGAUGAGGAGUGUCAAGAUUGAAAAAAUUUAGUCCUUAUUGUUCUUUCGCCGUUAGAGUAUUCUAAGUUAAUUGUUGGAUUUCAUUACUAUAUACUUUAAGUUUUAUUUUAAUAUUUGCAUAAAUAAUGUUGUUGGUU